AAUAUGUUAAGUAUCUAUAACUGUGCCUUAUUUUAAGAUCAUAUUGAAUUAUUUUUUUAUUUUUUAUUUGUAUUAUUUUAUAUUUGUUUUAGUUUUAAUUAGAAAAUUAUAUAUAUAUUUUUUAAAUUAUAAAUAAGAAUAAAUACUUCAACAUUAUAUAUAUAUUCACCUAUUAGAAUCAUACAUUUGAUCUUAUGAACUGUCACUGAUCAGUUUUCAAGUAACCUAUAUUAUAUUGCUACAUAAAGGCAUGAAAAAUUAUUUGAAUUUCUUUUUCAUUUGUAACAAAUUUCAUUAAAGAAAUGUUUUCGAGUGGACCAAAUUAUACCAAAUUAAAAACACAUUUACGUCUAACAAUAAAUCGGCUUAAAUUGCUCGAAAAAAAAAAAACUGAACUUGCCCAGAAAGCACGAAAAGAAAUAGCUGAUUAUCUUGCUGCAGGAAAAAUUGAAAGGGCAAAAAUACGCGUUGAACAUAUUAUUAGAGAAGACUAUAUGGUUGAAGCAAUGGAAUUGCUCGAAAUGUAUUGUGAUCUCUUACUUGCACGUUUUGGACUUAUUCAACAAAUGAAAAAUUUAGAUGAAGGUUUAGCAGAAGCUAUUUCUACGAUAAUUUGGGCUGCUCCUAGAAUACAAACUGAUGUUCAAGAAAUUAAAGUAAUUGCUGAUAUUUUAACAUCAAAAUAUGGAAAACAAUAUACAGAAGCAUGUAGAGAAGAAGCAGUACAAACUAUUUCUGAAAAAUUGAAACAUAAAAUGAGUGUGCAAUCACCAUCUAAGCUUCUUGUAGAAAAAUAUCUUAUAGAAAUUGCAAAAAAUUAUAAUGUUGAAUAUGAACCAGAUCCACAGGUAAUGAUAGAAGGUCAAGAUGCUUUAUUAAUAGAUGUUGAAAAUAAUACAGAAAGGAAUAAUUUAGACAUAGCUUCUGGAGGCAUAACUAUACCACAGCCUGUUGGAUUUAUUGGUUUUCCUCAACCUCCUUUAUUACCAAAUCCUGUAUUUAAUUUAAUUAAUUCAGAAAAAGGAACUAUAGGAUUUGUAACUCCAACAACUUUAGAAAAUAAAGAUCAAAAUGUUCCUUAUAAUCCAAGUAAUGUUUUGUAUAACAUUCCUUUAGAUAAUUCUAAUGGAAACAAAUCUGAAAAUAAUCAACAAUCACCUCUAUAUGAAUCAUUUCCACCUGAUUUAAAUAAACAGUCUGACCAGAAACCAAAACCUCAACCGCGAUCGAAAAUGCCGAUGAAUGAUUUUCAGCUUCCAGAUUUACCAACUGUGCCAUCGGAGAAUAAUUUACCAUCAAAUAAUCCAUCUACUAGCGAAGAUAUUGAUUUUGAUGAUUUAAUGAAACGCUUUGAAGACUUGAAGAAAAGAAAGUAAUUUCUUAAUUGUUUUAAGAUGCAUUACAUAUAUCUUAUAGUACAACAACAAUAUAAUGUAGGUAUAAAUAAAAAUAAUUAUUAUUAUUUUAAUGCUA